AUGUCAAAUAUGGAUACACCUGAAGAUUUCGUGGAACACUAUUCAACUUUGCUGCCAGACUCUAAUACUUCCGAAUUGCAAAAGGUUCUUGAUAUGCGUGGUGUGAAGAAAGUGGAACAGACUGCUAUCCUGCAAGCCUACAGGCAAGUGCAAAAGUUUGGAGCUGCUGCUGAUGCUGCGCCAACGGUUCCUGUCGGAAUGGGCAAUGCAUUAUCUGCAACGCAGGCAUUGAAUGCUGUCGUGUCGAUGGCAGCGGACGGGUUGGCCGAGACGACAAGUGCCUGCAUAACUGAGUGCAGCGGACAGGGAGGGCUGCUAGAUGUUGAAACCAUCGCCAGUGUUCUUGGGCCCAUAAAUGCUGACCAAUCCUAUAUCAGUGCAUUCCACGUAGCUGCUGCCAAAGCACUCGUCGGCUGGUCCGUCAACUUGCCUUGA